AUGAUCGCUACCUACGUUGGCCACGGUUGUACUGCCAAUGCCGUUCGAUCUUGCACCAGGCGACAGUUAUUGGGCUUAAUUUACGAAUCUGCGACAACACCCAGAAGUAGAGGCGAAACCCUGAAAAUCCCCGAGAGCAUGCUCUGGAAAGCCAAGGGUACCCGGACUCGUCUCAGAUCCCGAAGAAAAGAAACUUCGUGGAGUACAACCCUGACGAUGCGGUCAGAGGCGGAGAAGCAGCAAUCGCAAAGAUGCCGGGAAGUGCAGGAGAAGAAUUGUUGA